AUUUGCUAUAGACGAGUGGCGUUAUAAGUACAAUUUAAGUGCUACAAUUUGUUAGUCUUUUAGUCGAGGUAGAGUCUGCAGAGAUUUGUGGUAUUGUAAGUAUCAAGUACCGUAAUAUUUUGGCAGGUAUAAUAUCAAAGUCAUAAUUUUGGUAUCGUGACAACCCUACUACGGAUGCUAUCUAGUACAAAAUCACAACGCCCUUUGAUGGGCCGACAUGAGUAGAACUUCCACAACAGGUACAGAGUUGGUUUGUCUUCCGUGGUUGAUGCAGAGGAUAAACUAUUACUACUAGUUCAACUGUUUCAGGAUGAUAAGCCACACUCCCUCUCCGGCGCGUUUAGCGCGAAUGACGGGUUCACGUGACUUGACCAGAAAUGAUCCCCCGAGAAUCCUGCGGCGUGUUUAGAGCGUUUGAGGCGACACAAAACAUUUGCUUGAUGUGAACGCAGCAUAAUGCCGCUGUGAUGUCCCAAAAAGUAUCCAUAGUUAUUUUACUGUACUACAUGUGGUACACAGAGUACUUUGAAUGUUCUACACCAGGGGUGUCAAACUCAUUUUAGAUUCAUUAAUCUCACGUGGGCCAGACCGUUAAAAAUCAACAGCGCUGCAACGAAUCGUUAUACAAAAAAACACAACAUGUCUCCCGUCUGUCAGAAGCAAUCGCGCAUGUGUGGGAACCUGACAUGAUUCUUUUUCUUUCUUCAAUGAUGGAUCGACCGGCACUGCGUUGGUGAACAACCGCGUCCCCCUGAGUCACCUUUUCACCUACCAAAGGGGGGUUGGCCCUGAACCAUCACCAUGGCAACAUCUCCCUCCAUGCUCGGUAGAGGUUCUAUUGGUCUGGGUCUGGUCUUGGUGGAGUUUGACUAUGAGUACCAGGGGCGGGACGGUACCACAAUCUCCAUCAAACCCAACGAGCGCUACGUCCUGCUGGCUAAGACAAACAACCACUGGUGGCAGGUGCAGAGGGACCAGAGCUCCAAGUCAUUUUACAUCCCUGCCAAGUACGUCAAAGAGCUGCCGACUGAGUUCCACUCACCUCUAGACUUUGACCCACCUGGUUCUGAACCGGUGCUGCUUCCUGUGGCGGUUCCUGUAGCGGUUCCUGUGGCGGUUCCUGUGGCGGUUCCGGUCCCUGUGCCGAAGACUCUGGAGGAGUCCAGAACCCAACCGGGAGAUGACGUGAUGAUCCGAGUCAGAACUGACGCCACCAAACGAUACCGCAAGACUGAGAACCGCAUGUCCACUUUUGGGUUCCCGCUCGACUCUCCUGACACGUCUUCUUUGUCAGCACCGCGGCAUUCCAGCAACCCCCUUGCUGGUGCUGCCGAAACCGGGACUACAAACAUGGCUGACAAGAAGCACCUUCCGGGGUUUGCAGAGGAUCACAGAGACUCUGACAAACAUCGAGCUCCCAGUUUCAGUCCAGCAGACCCUGUGUCCUCACCUAGAAACCAGACCCAGCCCAUUGCCGUGGAGAUGCCGGUAGUCCCGGUGACCCACCCACACUACGACUCCUCCUUGCCAUCCACAGGUCGCCGUGACAACCGGGAGUCCUCGACAGAGGAGGAGCUUUGUGUGGAGGAGAGCAGCAGUGAAGAGGAUCCUGUAAAGGAGGAGGAUUCAAACCACAUCUAUGAAUCCAUACAGGACCUUAACCUGGACCUGGAGGCUCUGGUGGGAGGAAGUCCUGCAGCUCCCCAUUCACCGGACCUGCCCCCUUCACACAAUGUUGACUUGCACCAGAAGUCGCCCAUCUACGCCAACAUCUCCUCCAUGAAGAAAACAAACCUCCCCCAGGUCUCCAUAUCUGGCCCCGUCCUGCCCUCGUCACCUCCUCCUGACCCGGCCCCCUCCAUCCCCGGCCGCACCCCGUCCUCCUCCGCCUCCUCCGGUAUGAUAAGCCCCGCCUCCCCCCUCAGCCCACAGGACGGCUGGCAGGUCCACACCGACCGGGACAGUGGGCAAGAGUUCUACUUCCACCCAGUAACCAGACGGACCACCUGGUCCAACCCCCAAGGCCCCCCUCCCGCGCUGGAUGAAGAGUUGGACCGGUCCAAGCCGAGCGACGGGGGUCAGCGAACCUCCCCCCUGCUCUCAUCUCAGAGUUCUGCUGGUUGGCAGCAGCUGGUGGACAAAGCCUCCGGGAGGGUCUACUACCACGACCCCUCCUCGGGAACCACGUCGUGGGCCCCCCCGGAACCACCACCUGCCCCGCUCCCAGGAGCCCCAGCUGACAGCCCGCCUCCGCUGCCUGACGAAGAUUAUCCACCUCAAGUACAGCAUGACAACAACGAGGUCUUCACAACGAAUCCUCAGCAGCUCGUGUGUUUGAUUCCCAGAGCUCAGCUGGACUCGAGAGAUGAAAUCAGCCCACAGGAGGUAUCUCCUUUGCCCCAACGGAUGAUGGGAAAUGGAGUUUCUGAGGAGGAAACAACUUUAGAGGGGAAAUACUGGACACACACCGUCGUUGAAGAGACCUUUAUUCACGGCCACAGGAGGAAUGCCUCUGAGGUCAUGGAGAUGUCCAAUAGGAAACCGUCCCCCGACAGUCCUCAGCUCUCCCAUCGACACAAAGUGAAGAGGAACCUCUCAGACCGGAGUUCAGGUUCCCAGCAGCAUCAUGGCCAUCUUUUGGAGAAAGCAGGAAUCAUGAAUAAGACCAAAGUAGUCGAUCACGGUAAAAAGAUCAGGAAGAACUGGAGUCAGUCCUGGACCGUCCUCCACGGUGGGAUUCUCACCUUUCACAAAGACCCCAAGUCGGCUCCAACUGUGAACGCAAGUAAAACGUCACAGAUUGUUCCAGAGUACACCGUGGAGCUGAGAGGAGCCUCGGUGAGCCGGGCAGCCAGGGACAAGUCCUCCAAGAAGAACGUCCUUGAGCUGAAGACUCGUCAGGGCUGCGAGUAUCUGAUGCAGUACGACACAGAGAGCAUCAUCAGUGAUUGGCUGAAGGCGAUGCAGGACACCAUCAGACAGCUGGAUCAUGUGUCAGAGGAUGAGGACGAAGCUACUUCAGACAAAGAGGACAAAGACAGGAAGAGGACAACGAGCAGGACAUCGCCUGGGAUGGUUGACUCGGAGCAACGGCAUGUUCGGACCAAACUCCUGCGUUUCCUCCAGCGGAGGCCAACGUUACAGAGCGUCAAGGAGAAGGGAUACAUCCGAGACAGCGUCUUUGGCUGUCACCUGGAUACUCUCUGUCAACGGGAGAACAACACCACCCCGAAGUUCAUGGAGAAGUGUAUCAGGACUGUGGAGAGGAGAGGUCUGGAUGUGGACGGGAUCUACAGAGUUAGUGGAAACCUGGCUGUGAUCCAGAAACUGAGACAUAAAGCUGAUCAUGAGGAGGAGCUGGACCUGGAGGACGGACAGUGGGAGGAGAUCCAUGUGAUCACUGGAGCUCUGAAGCUUUUCUUGAGGGAGCUUCCAGAACCGCUGUUUCCCUUCAGCUGCUUUGACAAGUUCAUUGCAGCCAUCCAGGUCCAGGACUACAGCCUGAGAGUCUCUUACAUGAAGGACCUGGUCCGAUCCCUACCGCUGCCAAACCACGACACCAUGGAGCUGCUGUUCAAACACCUGCGCAGGGUGGUCGAGCAUAAAGAGUCCAACAGGAUGUCUGUUCAGAGUGUCGCUAUUGUAUUUGGCCCCACGUUGCUCCGCCCCCAGACCGAGUCCUCCAGCAUGACAAUCCACAUGGUGUUCCAGAGUCAGAUAGUUGAGCUCAUGCUCAACGAGUUCCAAACUGUCUUUUCAGAGAGCUAGGGUAAGCUCCUCUGGAACAUCCUGGAACUUUUCUGAACCUCCUGGGGCUCCUUUGGAGCCUUCUGGAGCUCUUCUGGAAAUUCCUGGAUGUCCGGUGGAACCCUCCUCUUAACCAUUUGAACCGUCCUGCAAGCCCCCCAAAUAUCAAGACAUUUGCUGAGGUUUUCCAAAGAUUUUGAAGCUGGUGAUCAUCUCCUUUCAGACCCAGUACUCCGAGGAUGGAACUUGAAACCCUGCUGACUACAUGAGGCCUCUUUCUAACGGCUGUGCCUUAAAUUAUAAAACGUAAAACUUGAGUGGAACCACCUAGAACCCUGAUGUUCUGAAAGCAGUCUGGCUCCUGUUUUUAAACCCAGUAAAACAUAUUUACAUUUCACUUUGUUGGAAGAUCUUGCCAAGAAUGUUUUAGAUCUUUGGGACCUAAAUUCAAGACGGGGUUUACCAGGUUCCUCUCUCCCUACCUUCUGCACCUGAAACGGUCCUAGUAGGACCUGAGCGGAACCAUCUACAUUGGACUCAUUUUGGACACUUUAACCAGAACAAACAAAACUCACUAACUUGAACCUUGAAGCUCUGAACAGAAUCUCCUACUUUGAGGAUAAGCUGUAAAAGCUCUAAAAUCUUAUAAAACCUUCAAAAACUAUGUUAAGGACUUUUCGGACGCAAACAUCACCUCCUCCUUUUAUUAAAUGGUGUUGAUAUGUAAAUUCAAAUGGUAAGCUGUAGGGGAAAGUAGGAUCUCAUUAUAGGACCACCAGGACCUCUACACUUUCUCCAUGAUAACAACAAUUCAAUCAACGUGUCGCCUUGCCAUAAAUCUGCUUUAUGGACUGGUAGAGACCUGUCAAUCAGCGUGUACCCCCGAAUGUGAAUGAUUCAUAUUAUAGACAUGAUAAUUUAUGUUGUCAUAUGAAUAAAAAAAAAACACAGGAUGGAGAUCAGCACGUCUUUGUGCUAAGCUAGGCUGAACACAACCUGGAUCUAACUGUUUGAGAGAACUAAAGGUUUAAUCGAAGUGUAUCAUUAAAUUUUAUAAAGAAUAUUAAUUUGGUAUACUGACGUUGGAGACAUAAUGCAGGUUUUGUUGUUUUUUGUUCAUCUUGAGGGAAACAUGCAGUUCCUACAUUUGAACUUAGUUGGGCACAUUACCAAUAAAAUGCAUAUGAGUAAGUGCCUGCUAAUGAGAACAGGUGUGGAUGGGAAACAGACACUUUUUGACCGUGUCGCAGGUGUCAACGAGAUGGCAUCUUAUGCUGUGUGGUGCCUGUAAACCAACAAAUGUGAUGUAUUGCAAGGAGGUUUACAUUGGUAAUUGUAUGUGGAGCACAGAUUUAAAUGUAUAAAAGACACAAAGGCGCACUGGA